AUGGCUGAACAGACGCCAGAUGUGUUCAUCUGGUGUGAGGACUGUGGCCAGUACCAUGACUCCGAGUGCCCCGAGCUGGGGCCCCUGGUCACCGUCCCAGACUCCUUCGUCCUCAGCCGAGCUCGAUCAUCUCUUCCUAACAGCCUGGAGAUCAGACAUGUGGCUGAUGGGGAGGAAGGGGUGUUUGUACUGCGCCGGCUGGUCAGGAGGACCCGGUUUGGACCCUUUGAGGCUAGGAGAGUCCCCGUCUUGGACAAAGAAGGAGCAUUUCCUCUGAAGAUCUUCCAGAGAAAUGGUGCUGUGGUGUGUUUUGACAGCAGCAAUGAGGAGGACUGUAACUGGAUGAUGCUGGUGCGACCCGCCACCGACCACACACACCAGAAUCUGACUGCUUAUCAGCAGGACGAUGGUGUUUACUUCAACACCUCCCAGGACGUGCUGCCAGGAUCAGAGCUGAGAGUCUGGUAUGGAGCUUUCUAUGCCAAGAAGAUGGAGAAACCCAUGCUAAAGCUUCCACUCCAGCCCCCACUGCCUCCUCCAGGCCCAGCAUCUUCAGCUGCUAAACUAAAGAGCCUGGAGGAAGGUGAAGUCUCCCUGCUCCAGGUGGCUGAGGAUCACCAUGCAGACAUCCCUCUAGGUCAUGUUGGCGAGGUGAAAGCAGCAGCCAACUCACUUCUACCCCAGGAGGGCCUGGGGGAUCACGACGAGGGUGAAGGGACACCUGCAGCUCAGCCAGUCCGCAGGAGAGGGCAUGGCCGAGGGAGGAGAAUCAGGGGGCGCAGGCUCGGAGCUGCUGCUGCCAGAAACAAACACAAAAAUGUGAAGCCUGGAGAGCAGGGUUUGGAGCCGGGGGCUUCAGAGGCGACACACAGCAGCAGACUGCUGGGUUCUCCAGACCGAGCUCCUGUCCUGAAGAGGCACAAAGUUCGAGAGCACAAGAGGGUCUACCGCUGCUCCCUCUGCAGCAAGGUGUUCCAGAACAGCAGCAACCUGAACAGACACGUCCGCUCUCAUGGUGAUAAGCUGUUCAAGUGUGAUGAAUGUGAUAAAUUAUUCAGCCGGAAGGAAAGUCUGAAGCAGCACAUCUCCUAUAAGCACAGCAAGAACAUGCCUGACCAAGACUAUAAAUAUAAGUGCAACAUAUGUGAGAAAUCCUUUCGCCUGGAAAAUGCUUUAAAGUUUCACAACUGUCGCACAGACGACAAGACGUUCCAGUGUGACAUCUGCUCGCGGUUUUUCUCCACCAACAGCAACCUGUCCAAGCAUAAGAAGAAGCACGGAGAGAAGCUCUAUUCCUGUGAAGUGUGCAACAAAAUGUUCUACCGCAAAGACGUGAUGCAGGAGCACCACAGGAGGCACAGUGUGGGACCAAAACAGAUGAAAAAAGAGGAGCUGGAGGCCAACGAAGAAGAAGGGACCAAGUACAGGAAGGAGCCGUCUCCCUGCCCCAUCUGUGGCAAAGUGUUCUCCUGCAGGAGUAACAUGAACAAACAUCUGUUGACUCAUGGUGAUAAGAAGUACACCUGUGAGAUCUGUGGCAGGAAGUUCUUCCGCGUGGACGUCCUCCGGGAUCACAUUCACGUGCACUUCAAGGACAUCGCCUUAAUGGAUGAGCAGGAGAGGCAGGAUUUCAUCAGUAAGAUCGGCAUCUCGGUGAGUGACAGCGACGAAACAGACGACGAUGACGAAAUCGAUCCUGAGCACCACAAGUACAACUGCAAGAAAUGUCAACUGUCAUUUGCAAAAGGCAAAGAAUACCUGAAGCACAUCACAGAGCAACACAAGGAGAAAGGCCACAGCUGUGCAAUAUGUAACCGACACUUUGCACUGAAGGCCACGUACAACGCUCACCUGGUCAUCCACAGAGAGCAGCUGCCCGACCCUGCAGUGCAGAAGUACAUUCAUCCAUGUGAAAUCUGUGGGCGGAUCUUCAACAGCAUUGGUAACCUGGAACGGCACAAGAUUAUCCACACUGGAGUGAAGAGUCAUUGUUGCGACAAAUGUGGAAAAUCGUUUGCGAGGAAGGACAUGCUGAAGGAGCACCUCAGAGUUCACGACGACAACCGUGACUACCUGUGCGCAGAGUGUGGCAAAGGCAUGAAAACCAAGCAUGCUCUGAGGCACCACAUGAAGCUUCACAAGGGCAUCAAAGAAUACGAGUGCAAGGAAUGUAAUCGCAAGUUUGCCCAAAAAGUCAACAUGUUAAAACACUACAAGAGACACACAGGUAUAAAGGACUUCAUGUGUGAGCUGUGUGGAAAGACCUUUAGUGAGAGAACAACUUUAGAGACGCACAAACUCAUCCACACAGUGGGUAAGACGUGGGUGUGUACAACAUGUGAUAAGAAGUACCUGACGGAGUACAUGCUGCAGAAACACAUCCACCUGACCCAUGAGAAGGUGGAGGCCCAGUCCUGUCACCUCUGUGGGACCAAAGUGUCAACCCGCGCCUCCAUGAACCGCCACCUGCGACGCAAACACCCCGACGUGGCUGUGGUCCGGCUGGAUGAGUUCGAUGACUUUCAGGAGAACGCCACGCUCAAUGACUCGUCUGUCAGUAUUGUUCAGCCCGCCCUGUCCCUAGAGAAAGAUGGCGUGUCUCAGGAGCGCCCCGUCCGAUCUUCCCGGCAGCUUAAGAAGAAGCAAAGAGUUCCAGUGGAGCCGGAGCUCUCCGAGUCCGAUGAGUAUGUGGAUUUCAUCGAGUCGAGGCACCAAUCCUUGUCUGAAUUCAGAACCGUUAUCGUCGGAGACGAGACGGAGACGAGCUCUGCUGUGCAAAGCAUCCAACAGGUGGUAGUCCUGGCUGACCCCAGCGCUCCAUCAGCCCCCUCCCCCAACAAUUCAGUGGGGCUGACCAACAUCACCGUCACACCCAUCACCAGCCACGCCUCUGCCCAGUUCACCAGUCUGCAGCCUGUUGCCGUGGGCCACCUGACGGGCAGCGACCGGCCCCUCACUUUGGACAACUCCAUCCUCACUGUCACCUUCGACGCUGUAAGUGGCUCCGCCAUGCUCCACAAUCGGCCCACAGAACUCAUCCCAGAGACGGUGGGGCCCACUAGUGGCGCCGCGCCGCAAUCUGUCGCCCAUUUCAUCAACCUCACCACUCUGGUCAACCCCAUGAGCCACCAGCUGGAUGCCCCGACGCUGGCCUGGAGGCCCAUACCAACUGCUGAGGACCAGGUCACCUCUGUGGUGGAUGGUGCUCAGGGGGAGGGUUCUGUGGUUCAGGGUGCAGAGCCUGGGCAGAGCAGCCAGUGUCAGACACUCAGCACCCAGCAGCAGAGCAGCUCACAGCAGAUGUUCAGCUACUGAGCAACACCAGGGGGUGCAGGUCACCUCCCACACACUGUAACACUGAUCUGAUUACCCUGAAGAAGUCCAUGUGAUGUAUUUAUUUUUAGUUUUCUGUUUUUAUAGACACAACAAUAAUGUAUGAAAACGUUAGAGAAAUGGCACCUGGAUCCAAGAUCCCCGACCUGUCGAAACCAAAGCACCGUCUGAAAAUCCCCACGCUUUACCAGCCUUUACAAACAUGCAUGUUUUCAGAGCAAUCUGCUGUGAAGAAAGAAGACGAGACGUUUUAGUAGAAAGAUGAAUUUUGUGAUUACGUUUUGGUUCUAACAGGUCCACU